AUGCGCAAAGACAAAGAGUCGAAGGAGUUCGUAUGGUGGCCCAGCUUCCACCGAGGGCUAGAUGACUAUUACCAGCAGGUGGAGUCGCACGGCAAGUUGCGAAAACCACUCCCAUCAACAUGCAUCAAACAUCAUCCGAACGAUGGCUGGAAACUAGCACCAGAUGCUGCUGCAGAUGAGUGUAUGCCUUAUGUUGUGCAGCCGGAGCAGGAUUUGCUUCGUUUGUCCGAAGAAGAAAUAUACGCGAAGCUAGGAAGUCUUCGAGAGCAUUGGUCAGCGGGCACGCUUGCGCCACAACCCGAUCCUAAUGCCGUGGUAUUGGAAUUUAACAUUCGCUCCAGUAACUACGGCCGACCUCCUCCCAGAUGGGAUGUGAAGCAUCGGGCGUAUAUCUCAAGGACAUGGGACGAAAGCAACUCGCCCGGUACAUGUGCUACAUUUCUCCGCCAAGAGCUUGAGAAAUACGAGGUACUCCUACAUCACCGACGAAGCCUACGUAGUCGAAAUUCUCAUGAGAUCAGUGGUCAGAUCUGGCGUGGGUCGGAGUCUGAACCUAUUAGCGAUGAUACUGAUGCCACAUCGGAUGAAGAGUCGCUAGGACAAAAGCGGCUACGGCAAGCUAAAUUAGUACGGAAGAUCGAGUCGUUAAUGCGACAACUUAUUACGCUUGAGCGAGAGAAGAAUAAAUCGCCAAAGCAAUGGGAACAUUUGGAAAAAGAAUUCAAACAUCGGCUGGAUAAUGUUCAGGAUGUGGAAUAA